AUGUCAAUUUUUAUGCACAAAUACAUCGAGCGGAUCGUCAAUAUUGAGGGUGACGAUAAUUAUGGUUAUCGAGCUGUUUCGGCUUUACUUGGUAAAGGUGAAGAUAAUCAUACAUUGUCUGCCAUCAACUUCCAUGAUUUUAGGACUCAUAAAAAAUCAUACACACGACUUUACAAAAAGAAAGAGAACUUUGAUGCAAUUUAUGAGUCUCUUAUUCCUUGCUUUAGCGGACCGACACCGGAGGUAAAAUGGAUGCGCUUCCCUAAAAUAGGUCACCUCAUAGCAUGUGCAUAUGAUAUAAUGUGUAUUGAUCUUACACGAUAUAGUUUUUCGAAAACCUUUUUCCCACCGCACACUGCUCUACCUCAAAAUCCAAAUGAUCUUAUUAUGUGCAUUGGAUUGCCUUCAAAAUCACGACAUUUCGUUCAAGUUUUAUUGAAAUCGGAAUUCCCUAUACCACUUACUGAAGGAGAAGAGUGA